GAUCAAUACAAAAUCCCCCCGGAAGUCCGUCACACGGACAAAAACCGGACAGUGGUCCGAAGUCGCUGGACGCGUUGAAUGAAGUGCCCGCACACUCUAUUCGUCAUCUGACCGUGGUCGCACAUGACGGGGUGUCGUAUGAUUUGCCAGUCAGUGAGGAUUUUGUCCCGGAUAUGGUCGAUCCGACUGCCUGUCCCCUGUCCGAUCAAACUCUCUACGGGUCGUACGAGUCCGAGAGUCCGGACGAAUUGUCUCUGGUCAAGGCGGCCUGUGAACAGGGCUGUAAACUGUUACAACGUGGAGUGGAUUUUGUACUUCUCUGGUUACCCACCGACGGUCUGGUCGCUGUGCGUGUACUACACAUUCUCCCGUUCGACUCCGUUCGGAAACGUAUGUCCAUUCUGAUACGACAUCCGGCCACAAAUGAGGCAGUUUUAUACACAAAGGGUGCGGAUACGGCCAUUCUCAAUCGGGUCAAAUGUGAAAGUAAGUCAUCACACACACACACACACACACACCGUCUCAACUGUGAAUGCGUCUUGUGCUCCACCAAUAAAUGA